AUGCAGGAUAGGUACAUAUUUCUGUCCAUACUUAUCAGUUCUGAGGGUAAUUUUACGAACACGUACUAUUUGAUGAGUCCACAUUGGUACCCUGUUCAUAUUGCAUUUCAGAUGUCACAAUCUUUGUCAAAGGAAAGCCCGUGGUUCAUUUCCGAAUGGGGAAGGAUUUUUGUCAAUUCGGACAUAUCUUGUUCAUUCAUAAUGAAUUCAACAUUCGGAAUUCAUACUGUAUCUAAUUUUUUUCAUGUCCCCCCUUGUUGUUACAGAGGUCUGGAGACUAUUGAAAAUUUAAAAAUUUUUAAAUUUUUUAAAUUGUAUUUUUCUGGUGGAUUGUCGCACAGAAAUGUGUGCGGCGGUUCACUGAAUGUUUUUUCUUUUUCUGAUUUUGACGUAUACUUCUGCACUGCUGCGCUCCCUAUAAGAGAACUGUUAUGCAAGCGACGGGUCAUCAUGGGCACGGACCCAAUUUUGAGCCAUCCUUUAUUGUUGAAUGGCAGAUAUAAAAUUAGCUAA